UCACACUCAACAAUUUUUAAUAAUAAACAAAACUUAAUUGCUAAAUACUUUAUAAUUAUGAGCAAUAUCGUGCAAUAUAUUGUUGUGCGCAGUGAUUUACGUUCUGCGCUCAAUUGGCCCAUGGGUGCGGUUAUCGCACAAUGUUGCCACGCCACCGCCGCCGUAAUGCAUUUGAAUUCGGAAGAUACGGACACGGUUUCCUAUUUACAGGAUCUGGACAAUAUGCACAAAGUGGUCCUGGAGGCCAAAGAUGAGGCGGCUCUGGUGAAGCUCAGCGAGAAGUUGAAGGAGCACGAUAUUAAGCACAAGUUGUGGAUUGAACAGCCCGAGAAUAUUCCCACCUGCAUCGCCCUGAAGCCCUACGUCAAGGAUAAUGUCCACAAAUAUGUUAAGCAUUUCAAGCUGCUGAAAGAGUAAUGAAAAUAUCAAUCAUUCAACAGUAAUUCUCAGGGUUCUAAGGCUCUUCUUAUAGUCGUCCUUCAUUAAGAUUGUAUCUCUACUACUUGCUUUGUCCUUCCAUUAAAACUCUGUUAGUUA